AUGAGCAAGCACAACGCAGUUGGAAUCGAUCUCGGAACCACCUACUCCUGCGUUGGAGUCUUCCAGCACGGAAAGGUCGAGAUCAUUGCCAACGACCAAGGAAACAGAACCACUCCAUCGUACGUCGCUUUCACCGACUCCGAGCGUCUGAUUGGAGAUGCCGCCAAGAAUCAGGUCGCCAUGAACCCACACAACACCGUCUUCGAUGCCAAGCGUCUCAUCGGGCGCAAGUUCGACGACCCAGCAGUUCAAUCGGACAUGAAGCAUUGGCCAUUCAAGGUCAUCUCCGCCGAAGGAGCCAAGCCAAAGGUCCAGGUCGAGUACAAGGGAGAGUCCAAGAUCUUCACUCCUGAGGAGAUCUCUUCUAUGGUCCUCUUGAAGAUGAAGGAGACCGCUGAAGCCUUCCUCGGAAGCACCGUCAAGGACGCCGUUAUCACCGUCCCAGCCUACUUCAACGACUCGCAGCGUCAGGCCACCAAGGAUGCCGGAGCCAUCUCUGGACUCAACGUCCUUCGUAUCAUCAACGAGCCAACUGCUGCCGCCAUCGCCUACGGACUCGACAAGAAGGGACAUGGAGAGCGCAACGUUCUCAUCUUCGAUCUUGGAGGUGGUACCUUCGAUGUGUCCAUCCUCACUAUUGAGGACGGAAUCUUCGAGGUCAAGUCGACUGCUGGAGACACCCAUCUUGGAGGAGAAGACUUCGACAACCGUAUGGUCAACCACUUCGUUGCCGAGUUCAAGCGCAAGCACAAGAAGGAUCUUGCAUCCAACCCACGUGCUCUUCGUCGUCUCCGCACAGCUUGCGAGCGCGCAAAGAGAACUCUUUCGUCCUCAUCCCAGGCUUCGAUUGAGAUCGACUCUCUCUUCGAGGGAAUCGAUUUCUACACCAACAUCACUCGUGCUCGUUUCGAGGAGCUCUGCGCUGAUCUCUUCAGAUCCACCAUGGACCCAGUCGAGAAGUCCCUCCGUGACGCCAAGAUGGACAAGAGUCAAGUCCACGACAUCGUUCUCGUCGGAGGAUCCACUCGUAUCCCAAAGGUCCAGAAACUUCUUUCUGACCUCUUCUCCGGAAAGGAACUCAACAAGUCUAUCAACCCAGACGAGGCUGUUGCCUAUGGAGCUGCUGUUCAAGCCGCCAUCCUCUCCGGAGACAAAUCGGAGGCUGUCCAAGAUCUUCUCCUUCUCGACGUUGCCCCACUUUCUCUCGGUAUUGAGACUGCCGGAGGUGUCAUGACUGCUCUCAUCAAGAGAAACACCACCAUCCCAACCAAGACCGCUCAAACCUUCACCACCUACUCCGACAACCAACCAGGAGUCUUGAUCCAGGUCUACGAAGGAGAGCGUGCCAUGACCAAGGACAACAACUUGCUUGGAAAGUUCGAGCUCUCCGGAAUCCCACCAGCACCACGUGGAGUCCCACAAAUCGAAGUUACCUUCGAUAUUGAUGCUAACGGAAUCUUGAACGUUUCCGCCACCGACAAGUCCACCGGAAAGCAGAACAAGAUCACCAUCACCAACGACAAGGGACGUCUUUCUAAGGAUGACAUCGAGCGAAUGGUCAAUGAAGCCGAGAAGUACAAGGCCGACGAUGAAGCCCAAAAGGACCGCAUCGGAGCCAAGAACGGACUCGAGUCAUAUGCCUUCAACCUCAAGCAGACUAUCGAAGACGAGAAGCUCAAGGACAAGAUCAGCCCAGAAGAUAAGAAGAAGGUUGAGGACAAAUGCGACGAGAUCCUCAAGUGGCUCGACAGCAACCAAACCGCCGAGAAGGAAGAGUUCGAACACCAACAAAAGGACUUGGAACAACUCGCCAACCCAAUCAUCUCCAAGCUUUACCAGAGUGCCGGAGGAGCCCCACCAGGCGCUGGUGCCCCAGGAGCCGCCGGAGGAGCUGGAGGACCAACGAUCGAGGAGGUCGACUAA